UGAGCGUCAUUUCCUACCAUCAAAACAAACACCAAAGAAGAAGAAUUAACAUCUGCUUCCGGGCUGUGUGUUUGUGGGAGCCAUGUCACUUAACUAGAAAGCUAGUUUGAUUAAAAAAUACAUUUAUUUCUGCAUUUAACACGAAGAAGAACAGACGCCUCUCUGCUGCGCUGGAUGCCAUUCUAAGUUGACACCAUGAUCCUGGAGACCGCAGCAGCUGAACAUCGACGCGUUUGACCGAGAAGGCUGCAGCCAACGCCGUCGUCAUGGGAACGACGACGAGCGAGCCGUGCAUCUACGACAAGCUGUCGGAGAGCAUCGACAUCCUCCGGCAGUCGGGCUACCGCUACGGCAUGUCGGAGAGGGAGAUCGAGAGGUUCAUCAAGCAGGUGCUGGAGACCAACGAGCCGAGGAGAGAGCCUCCACAGUUCCCCAUCCUGAGAGCCACCAUAAAGUUUGUGGUGGCGGUGGGCUUCCUGCUGGUGGCGUUUCUCGCCUUCACGUACCCUCAGAGCGGCCCACAGCUGGGUCUGGUCAACCUCGGCUGUUACAACUGGUCGUCCCCCCUCAGCCACGUCCGCCUGCUGUCCCUGCCCAUCGCCAAGAAGUACAACCUGCAAGGUUUCCAUGAAUGGUGGAGUGCCGGCUCUCUCAGGCAGAACCUGGUCAACUGUUCUGGCUGUGCGGAGAUCUCCUCGGUGCUGGAGGUCCCGGAGAGCCUCAGAGGGACGGUGGCUCUGCGACGGGGGCCGCAGCUCGUCCUGCUAAAGGGUGGGGAGUCCCUCAGCGUGCAGCGGCAGCAGCUCGAGGAGCUCUACUUGGCUCAUUCAGGCUCCAUGUCCAUCCUGCUGGAGGAGGACGACGGUCUGCCCAACCAUAACCUGGGCCUCCCCCAAGGACCCGCCAACUUCACUCUGCUCUGGAGGUUCAGCUCUGGGACCAGGGAGAAGGUCUUGAGGUGGCUCUUCCCGAAGGCGGAGCUCUGCCCCCUGCUGGACAGUGCUGGGACCAUCGUGCAGCGCUGCCUGGUCACCCACAGCACAAACUCCCAGAGCAAAGGUGUCGGGGUGUUCGGCUGGCUGGUGGUCGGCGAGGGUCUUCCAACGGUUCGAGUUCUGCCCGUUCAACGCUGCCAGAAACACUGCAGCUCCUUCAACCUGUGGCUGACACCUGGAGACAUGGUCUACGCCGACCCUCGGUACUGGCAGAUGGAGCUGUUCCCGGGCCGAGGCCAGAACAUCAUCUGUGACGGAUCGGCCUUCUAAAGUUCAGGUGGAAGCAAAAGGACAGAGUUCAGGACGUGCAGAUCGGCUGUGAAUGUAGAAUUAGGGAGCUCGCCGGCCUUUCUGUGGCCCCGCCCACUGAUGCCUUACAACCCUCCAGUCUUUUUUCUUCUGACCCCUUCCGUCCGUUGGAAAAAUCCUCCCAGCAUCCUCAAAAAACUGGAAACCACUGCACACAUUACGCCAGUUUGAACAAAAAAGGGAUUUCCUGCAGGUUUAGAGAGUCGUCGUCCGAGGACUGAGAAACGAAACGACUGACUUCGUCUUUGUGUAUUUUAAACUCUCUGCAGCAGCUUCGAUGUUGUGGAUGUGCUGUGCUCGUGCCAUAGCUUCAAGCUGAUCUCUAGCAAUUAAAAACACUUCAUCAAACCGUUGGGUGUG